AUGAACCUUGUUAUUGUGUCCCACUACAACCACUCUGGAAAGUGGAACCGGCCGCGUGGGAGUGGGGUGUGUAAGACUGCACUGCUGCUCUUCAUCUGCCUCCUCAUCGUGCUGGAGAAUGUCACUGUGCUCCUGGCUCUGUGGAGGAACAAGCGAUUCCACAGCAGAAUGUACUUCCUGAUUGGAAACUUGGCCCUGUCCGACCUGCUGGCUGGAGUGGCCUAUGUGGUUAACAUUUUCACCUCCGGACGUAACACCUAUUUCCUGACUCCUGUGCAGUGGCUGGCCCGGGAGGGGAGCAUGUUUGUGGCCCUCAGUGCAUCUACCUUCAGCCUGCUGGCCAUUGGGAUAGAGAGACAUAUGACCAUGGUGAGGCUGCGCCCCUGUGAGACAGCAGGGCGGGGAAGACUUCUAGGACUGCUCGCAGCCUGUUGGCUUGUUUCGGUUUUGCUCAGUGCUCUUCCCAGUCUGGGCUGGAAUUGCCUAAACAAGCUGUCGUCUUGUUCUACUGUUCUCCCACUCUAUGACAAGAGCUAUGUGGCCUUCUGCAUCAGUGUGUUCAGUGCACUGUUGGUGGCCAUCGUCAUCCUGUACAUCAGGAUAUAUCGACUGGUGACCUCCAGUGGGCGCCGUGUGAGCAGCAGGCCCUCAGAGUGCUCCCUGGCUCUCCUGCGGACAGUGGUCAUUGUGCUGGGAGUGUUUAUCAUCUGCUGGUCGCCUCUCUUCAUUUUGUUGCUGAUGGACGUAGGCUGCAGUCCGCAGAGCUGCCUGGUGCUGUACCAGGUGGACUGGUUUAUAGCUCUGGCGGUCCUGAACUCAGCUCUGAACCCGCUUAUCUACACUCUGUCCAGCCGAGAGAUGAGAGCUGCGUUCUUCAGGCUGCUCUGCUGUGGCCAGGCUGGUCUAGAGCCUGGUGGGACUCCUGUGGUGGGAAACCCCCACCUGAACACUAUCAUCCCCACAGCUGAAAACAGCAAGAGCAGCCUGGGGCCAGUAGGUGGCACUCUGCCCAGAGGGAAGGGCCCUGCCCCAGUGAACUGUGAGAGCCCAGCAGCACACCCCUCUGGGCCUGCAGACCUUCUGUCGGCUGUUCUGGUGAAGGCAGGGGCUCUGCCCUCGCUCAGUAAGUUCUAA